AAUGCUUUCCUGCAAAAUAACACUAGCUAAGAACAGUCUUGUGGAAAUUGUACACCAUAAUGAUUGACAAAGCGUGUCUAUCUUAUUUGAUCAAAACACGAUCCAAAGGAAGUGACCAAGAUUCAGCAGUGUGUCUACUUCUCAGAGAAAAGUCUGCACUUGGCAAAUUAUGUAAUGAUCCUGUUCUUGGUACAGGGGGUUUCAAGGAGGAAGGACAGAGACAGAUGAUGAGCAUAUAAAAUCUUGAGAGAUUUUGAAAAAGAGGAGUUGUCUGUCAUGAUUACACCACCAUCCAGCCCUGCCGCAGCCUCCUCCACCGCGGGUGGAGGUGGUGGUGGUGGGAUGGUUGUGGUGAUGUGGAACUUUCUCUUCUGUGGGAGCAAUGAAGAACUACGUUGUUUGAAGCUGAAUCAAUAAGUGCUCCUCAAUGGCAUGUAGGGCAACUUCGUCGAUCCUUUGGCAUUUUUGCUUCCUCAGCUUUGCUUCCUUCUGUUGAGCUAGAGGAAACUCUCUACAAGGGCAAAUGAUCACAAUUCACAAAACAUGUUCUGAAGAUUCUUAUCUCUUUUUGCUUCUUUGAUGUGUGCUUAGAAUAAGGUAAGAACAAGAAACAAUGGUGUUUUUCAAUUACUAUAUCUAUGUUGUUGGCCUCAGGCCAGUGUUUAUGUAUGAAAUAAGUGAAGUGUUUUGAG